AUGAAAAUAAAUUUAUUCAAUCCUAAGACCAAGCAUACUUACUUUAGUAGAUCCACUAGAGCCACCUCUAUGAUAUCACUCAAGAAAGUGGACGAAUCUACCUUAGGAACUGUUGGGAACUGGGCAUAGGCUACUCUGCCCUAAGUAAAAAAGAAAGAAAAUAAAAUACAAUCCAGUUAUCAAGAAGAUUUUAAUUUUCUAAGGGAUCGAGAUAAAUUAUUUAAGAUCAAUGAUGAUGACAACUCUCCAUAUAACAAUAGAAAGUAGUAGUCAUUAAAAAUUCUGUCUCAAAUCGAUUUAAAUGAUGCAAAUGAUUUAGAAGAGAGAUUCACAUUUGUCUUAAAGUAAUCAAUUUAUUAUGUCAAUCCAAGAUAUCUGCGACAAUCAAAAAUUGGGAACCUGUACAAUGUAGCUGUUUUUACAUAUGCAUAUAUAUUAGAAAAAUAGUUCCUAUAUGAUAAGGCCAUCUUAAUUUGGUAAAAAUAUUUAGUAUUUUGCAACUCAAAUCGAGUUUAUCGUUACAAAAUUAUUGCUUACAAACACCUAGUAGAACUUUCACUUUUGAUUCAUAACUUCAGGAAGGCUUUGAAUUAUUCCAAGAAACUCAUCAAAUACGCAUUAUUCUUUAAUGAAUCUAAUUACGAAUUAAAUGCCUACGAUUAAAUAGGCAAGAUAUUUUAUUACAUCAAAGAGUAAUAGUUAGCCAAGGCCUUCCAUGAAAAAUUUAUGGUUGGAGAACCUAUGCCGGUUGAAAAUAAGAUUCGAUAUGCUGUUGUCAGGAUGAUUGAAUACAAAAUAAGAUAAAAGCAAUCUAUUGGUUAAAUUGAUACUGACAGUGAAGAUGAUUUUGAAUUAGAAAAAUUAGUUGAACCUAAAACUUUGGAAUUUCAUCCUACUAGAUUUAAAGAUGCACUACUUAAAUACAAGCACUUAUGGGGACAUGUAUAAAAAUAAAGUGAACCCUUAGGACCUAUGAAUGUAUUGACUUUUGAUAAAAGACUUUUCCAAAGAGAAUACUUUACUUAGUUGAGUAAUAACAAUAGUGUUAAAAGUUUCAUUCUAAAUAGCAACAUCUCAAUAAAAAAGAAUAAUUUGUAAAAAAUUAUUGAUAAAUUAAUAAAUGACAUAUAAACUUUUUGA